AUGGACCCAUCCGCGAGAUGGGAUCCGGAGCUGGAGGGUUCCGCGGAGAGCGCGCUGCCGGAGCCUGCGCCUGCCGGGCUUCGUCCGCGUGUCCCUGCGCACCCCUCCGCAAGCGAGCCCGUCCGCCGCUUCGAGCGAGUGCUAACUCUUCCCCAUCGGCCUGCCGCGCGCCCCACUUCGCCGGAGUAUUCAUGGGCCCCUGCACGUGUUGCGUCGAAUCGCCCGGAUGGUCAGCCGCGGGCAGGGAGGGGGAUGAGCGGUCCCCUGCGCGUCCUUGCUCUCCUCGCCGCCCAUCCCCUCGUGGUCGGGCAGGCCAUCGCUCACCCCGAGCGCGAUCGCCCGCGCAAUGCUCUCCGCGGUGAUCUCCGGCGACGCGGGGGAGGGGGUCGCCUGGACGUCGCUGGGAUUCGGGCCGUCGCGAGCAGUCCCAUCCGCAUCCGCACUCUGCUGGUUCCGGAGGUCGGCGGGGCCGGCGGAAUGGCGGCGCGGGCGAGUGGAGAGCCGACUCACGUACACAUUGAGGUGACCAACGGUCCUCCCUUCUCCGCGGACCAUUGCCAGGUGGCUCCUCUGCGCGUGCCGACGCUGUGCGAAUAUCUGCCUGCGCGGGAGGGGAGGGCUCAGAUUCGCACCCCUCGUCAGGUCCCGGGCUUCUCCGCACAGCGCUUCUCUGUUGGCCGGGCUCCUGGUUGGCUGACAUCGUUUCCGCGCGAAGCUUCGACUGCACCUCCCUCCACUCACGUGGGGAGAGACCCUAUGCUGACCAUGUGCCAGAUUCUGAAUCUGGCGGAGGCGUGCGAGGUGGUGGCAAACUUGCAGCUGGCGGUGUGUGGGGCCACGCGGAACUUUCCGAGCAGUUACGGUCCAGGGUCCCGAGGGUCCUGCGUGUCUUUGGCAGAGUCGCUCGAGUCGCCGUUGGCACCCGUGUCGGAAGCGCCCACUGGGGUAGCGCCCUUAGCGCGUACCUUCCCCCGCCACGUGGGGGAUCUUGUAGGGGCUCCUCGAGUUGGGACCCCUGUGGACACACUUCAGUCGUCAGCGCAUCUUCUCCUUGCGAUGUCGGCGUGCAUGCGCUCGAUGCUUGAGGUGGAGGGGGCGGAGCCGUACACGAUGUAG